AUGCAAAUCUCCGGCGGCGUGUUGACCGACGUCACAGCCGUAUUCUAUCCGUCUUUGACUCCUCCUUGCUGUGCUAGGUCUCAUGAGUUCCGACAUGUCCAUGCCUUUUCUGACUUUAGGCCCCUUCCUUCUCUCGGCUUUCUUAAGAGCUCUCCAUUCCCCAUGGCAAGAGGUGGAGGCGAAUCAUCCCGAACAAGAAGCUGUAUAGCAAAAGCAUCUGGCAGUUCAGGUCAUGAUUUGGUUCCAGUAGCGCCACAUCAGCUCGAGUCUCCAGUUGGUCAACUCCUGGAACAAAUUUUACAAACCCAUCCUCAUCUCCUCCCUGCAGCCAUUGAUCAACAGCUUGAAAACCUUCAAAAUGAAAAAGAUGCUCAAAAAGAAGAACGCCCUCCUUCAUCUAUGGACCUCAGCCUUUACAAGAGAAUAGCCCAAGUGAAAGAAAAAGACAGACAGAAGAUUUUAGAAGAGAUAAUGUACUGCUGGAUUGUUCAUAAAUUCGUGGACAAAGAAAUCUUAAUGAUCCCGAAAAUAUCAUCAACCUCGGAUCCUUCCGGAAGGGUUGACUUCUGGCCAAACCAAGAAAUGAAGCUGGAAUCAGUCCACUCAGCUGAAGCACUCGAGAUGAUACAAAACCAUGUAGCCCUCGUCCUCGGGGACCGCGUUGUGGGGCCCUUACAAUCCAUCGUCCAGAUCAGCAAAAUCAAACUCGGAAAACUAUACGCUGCAUCAAUAAUGUAUGGAUACUUCUUGAAACGGGUGGAUGAAAGAUUUCAACUUGAGAGAUCCAUGAACACGCUUCCGGAAGGUUUCAAGGAACAACAAUCGGGUUUUGCGGACCCAUCGGUUCCGCAAAGCCCGUUUUGGGAUCCGGAUUCGUUGAUCCGGAUCCAGCCCGAUUAUGACAUGGAAGAUGAGGGCUUAAUGGGUGGUGGUGGUGAUGAUAAGCUGUAUAGGUUAAGAUCUUAUGUGAUGUAUUUGGAUGCUGAGACACUUCAGAGAUAUGCAACGAUAAGAUCUAAAGAAGCGAUUUCUUUGAUUGAGAAACAAACACAGGCUUUGUUUGGGAGGCCUGAUAUUAAGGUAUCGGAGGAUGGGUCGUUGGGUGCUUCUAAUGAUGAAGUGGUUAAUGUGACGUUUUCUGGGUUGACAAUGCUGGUUCUUGAAGCAGUUGCUUUUGGGUCGUUUUUGUGGGAUGCGGAGAACUAUGUGGAAUCUAGGUACCAAUUUUUGAAAAGCUGA